AUGUCAGAAAUAAGGAAACUAAAGGGAUACUUCCUUGUAUUCACGACCAUUUACUUGUUCACCGGCGUCGGAGCCCUGAUAAUGGGGAUGCUCUGGUUACGGCAGGCUGCAGACGGUGCACCUCGAGACGCUGUCAUCUCGCGAGGAAUUGAACAAGCUGGAACAUUCAUUGGAGCAUUGGUUGCAGGAACGGCGUUGGUCGGAUACGUGGGUGGAGUGGCCCCGGUGCGUCGUAAACGCUUUUUGGUAUCAUUCGCGUGGUUGAUGGUCGCGGUCAUGAUUGCAGAGCUAUCUUUGGGAGGAGUGAUCUGGUUCAAGACCCUAAGGAUGCGUAGUUUGUUUGCGUCGCAGUGGUUGACCUGGCCGGAUUCUCUCAAGACAGCGUUUCAGGACAUGACAACCUUGGCAGGAUACCCACAAUGCUGCGGCUACCUCUAUCGACAGAAUGUGGUCCCAUCAGGGCUAUGUGCACAAUCGCCUUCGAUUUUUCCGGGAUGUGAGGAAAAGGUUUCGGUGUUCGCGGACAGUUAUUUAAGGAAGCUGUACACGUCGCUGUUUGGGUUCACGAUCGUGAACGUGGUAUGUUUUGUGAGCACAGUGAUCCUGAUUCAGGCAAGGAACGAUGAGGAGCGGUAUAUCAGGAUUGGAAGGAAGGAAGGCAGGACUUAUAAGAACUCAAUCUGA